GCUGUCACCACUCAUCCGGGCCACUGGUUGGCGCUGUGCAACCGACAGUCGAUCAAGUGUCAACAAGACAACAGGCGGUGGCAGGAGGACGCCAGACUACGACCGGAGGAGGCUCUGGUGGUGGAGAACGCCAUCCGACUGGCUAUCGACUCGGUGGUCAAUGUGCUGUACGGCGUCAACAGCGGCCGUAGUCGCGAGUACCAGCGGAUGGUGGCCGACAGGGACAAAGAGAUUGCGAGGCUCCAGCGGGAGGUGCACGCGUUGCGCCGACGGGGAUGUGCUUCGUGCAGGGUGCUCGACCGGAGUACCCCCGACCGGUCCCCGGACUCCGGGGAACACAGGGACGACGGCGGCGGCGGUAAUGACGCCGGUCAGCAACAGCAACAGUGUGAACUCAGUUUCUCCUCGGGUCUCUUUGACAAACCUCCACCCAACAUCCCCUCCUUGGCACUCCCCUCUCCCCCCCACAGGCAAGCGGAUCCAGCUGGCACUUUGGAGGCGGGCAGCGUCACCGUCAAAGAGGAGCUGUGCAAUGUGGAUGCCAUCCUCGUCAAAUGGGAGCUGACCGAGGAGAGGUUGCGGGAGCAGCCGGAGCAAACCGCCAGUUCUUGUUGGGACGCAGAAUUGCAGCUCAGAGAAGUCAUGACCUGCGACGAAGCAGACGAACUGGCACAUGUGGCAGAAGCAGAGCAACAGAGGAACAAGAAAAAACGAGUCCCCACGGCGGAACUGCCCGAGGAGGCCCAGCAGCAGAAGCGUGCCGCCUGGCGAGCCGCCUCCCGACGCUACUACGCCCGCAAGGUGGCCCGACAGCAGGCCGGCCCCCCGUCACGCCCCGCCCAAUUACACCAUGUGCCGCCCAGCUCCCAAUACCCCGCCUCGCCCUGCGGCCCUUUGGCCACCGCUAACAGGAAGCGGGCGCCCAUUUCCGCUUUGCCUCAAGACUCGCAGGCGCAGCAGAGGGAGGCGUGGCGAGCAUCCUCCAGGAGGUACUACGCCAGGAAAAUGGCACAACAGCACCACCAGAACGGACCCCCGGAGUACCGCCACGCCGAGCCGCCGGAGGACGACAGAGGAGGACUUGAGGGAAUUUUGUGUAGUUGAUGAUAAACACUAAGGCUGUCCUGGAAAUCGGUCACUCAUUCUCCUUCCAUGCCACCCGUCCACAACCACUGGGGGGAUUACUUAUUUAUUUAUUUAUUUAUUUAUUAAAGUUGUAGCAUUUGUGUCCCAAUCAGAAAUACCUGUCAAUCCAUGAAAUAUUCACUCUAUCAAAUCAGCUUCUGCCAUUGAAAUGAAUGAAAAAUCCCAUUAAUUCAUUCCCCAAAACAAAACAUUUGUACUUUUUUUAAAUAGGAGAAUAGCACUCUAUUAUAUUAUACUUUAUAAAAUAAAGUAUUAACACGAUUAACCAGAAGGAGAAGAUAAACAAAUUGCCCAUUAUGAUUAAUUCAUUUCAACUCCCUCUGGUGUGCGCAAUUUGGCCACCUGGGGGCAGUAUAACACAAAGACAACUUUCAUAACUGCCAAAAUUAAAGAAACGGUUAAAAUGUUUUUUUUUUUUUGAGCGAACAUAAUUAUAUUUAGCAUACUAUUUUUUCCCCUUUUCACCAGUUUUCUCAAUGACACCUUCGGGCAUUUUGAAUAAAAACCUUUCCAAUGAU